AAAUAUAUCGGCUAAAUACAAAAUAAAAUUGCAUUUUUUUCGUUUAUAAAUUUUGCAAAUUUAAUACCAACAUUUUAAACUUUGUUAAUAAGUAAAUUAAAUAAAAUUGUGUGCUAAUUCUGUUUAAUAUAAAUCUAAAUUGUGUGUGAAACAAAAGAAAACGAACCUUUUGUAGAUUUAUUACACUUCUAACAUACAAAUCUAUUUUAUUUUUGGAAAAUUUCUUUUGUUAUUGUGGUGCUAACAAUAAUUUGGUACAGCCACAAUCGUCAAGGAGUUUAUUUUAUCUAUCCUAAAUGUCACAUUCAUUGGCCUCCACUUCCUCCACAAAUUCUUCAUCGUUGGCCACACCCAGCAGCUCAGCGGUACGAGCUUUGGCCUUAGAAUACAAAUCCCUGCAAGAGGAACCCGUUGAAGGAUUCCGCGUCAAGUUGGUGAAUGAUGACAAUCUGUUCGAGUGGGAGGUAGCCAUUUUUGGUCCACCGGAUACCCUUUAUCAGGGUGGUUACUUUAAGGCUCAUAUGAAAUUUCCUCACGACUAUCCAUAUUCACCACCUUCCAUACGUUUUCUAACCAAAGUUUGGCAUCCGAAUGUCUAUGAGAAUGGGGAUCUGUGUAUUUCCAUAUUACAUCCGCCGGUCGAUGAUCCCCAGAGUGGAGAGCUGCCAUGUGAACGUUGGAAUCCUACGCAAAAUGUUAGAACCAUAUUGUUGUCGGUGAUUUCGUUGCUCAAUGAACCGAAUACAUAUUCGCCGGCGAAUGUUGAUGCCUCCGUAAUGUAUCGAAGAUGGAGAGAUUCUCAGGGUAAAGAUAAUGAAUAUCCCAAUAUUAUACGUAAACAAGCUUUAGCUGCCAAUGCUGAGGCCAUAAAAGAAGGCAUUGUUGUACCCAUGACCCUAGAAGAUUAUUGCAUUAAACCAAAACGAAAAGAAACAAACGAACCAACCCUAGACUCAAAUUUCUUUGAUGAUGUCUUCGAUUUAGAAACUGAAGAUGAUCUACAAACCGAUGAUGAAGAUGACGAUGACGACGAUGAUGAGGAUGAUGACGAUGAUAAUGCAGAUGACAGUGGCAAAGGUGAAACAACAUAAAAAAGAACCAAAUAAAGGUUGGCGUCAUGAAAAAAAAUAUUUAGGUUUAUUAAAGCAGGGGGAUAUUUCUUUAUGUUUGGCAAAGACAGCGUCUUUUAGCAAUAUCAGGAAUUUUUUAAUUUAAUGUUUAUUUGUUUUUAUUUUCAGUUAUGUUUAUACUACUUAAGUUAAUUUUCAUUCACAAACAAAAUAAUAAUACUGCAGAAAACAAAGCAACCAAAUUUUCCAUUUUACUCUAAACUAAUUACAAAAUAUUUCAAUAAAUUAAUAAUGUAUAACUAUUAUUAUAAACUUCAAAACUAAUUUGUUAAAUUAUAUAUAUAAAAAAAAAAUAAUAAUAAAAGAAAAAAAUACUUAAAACCAUAUGCAAACAAAGAAUUAAAGCCAAAUAGUUAAAAAAAAAACACAACACUCAACCACAAACACAAAACCAAGCAAAAGUAAAGAAAAUUGCCAUAUUAUUCAAAUUACAUACUACUUAACAUAAUAUUUACUUUAGAUUUUAUUUGAAAUGCAAUGAAGUUCUGCUCUUUUUGUUCCAUUUUAACCACAACGAAUUAUAAUAAUUUCAAACAUUUUAUUUUAUAAUUUAAACUAUUUUAUUACACUUGUUAUUUUUUAACAAAUGCUAGAGUUUUUCAAAAAUCUCAAUUGGACAAGGCAUAUUUUCCAUAAACACACUUUCUGCUAUACUUUGUUGCUAAAUAAUACUGAAUUAUAAAUUAAAAGAAAAAGAACUACAUUAUUUUUAAGACCAGUAAAAAAAACCACAAAACUAAGGAAUGUAUAAUUCUCAUUUAAGCCAGUCUACUACGUUCAUCCAUACCCUUACUAUCGUGCAUAAAAUGUUUAAUUAAAUAUAUACAUACUAUAUUUUUUUAAGUAUCUAUCUCUCUCUCACCUAUCCUUAAAAAUAA